UGCGGUGUGUGUGGUCGUCGCGAUCAGCUGAUCGGAUCUGAUCGUGAUGCAUCUGGCGGAUUUUAUCGCCGGUUCUGUCGGAGGUAAUGAUUGGGAUCGGCGGGUUAUUUUUGCCGUCUGAUCUCCCGAAGCCUCCUUCCGAUCUCACUGUCUGAUCAAGGAGCUUUUGGUGUGGCAGUCGGCUAUCCGUUAGACACAGUGAAGGUGAGAAUCCAGACACAGAGACAUUAUUCCAGUGUAUGGGAUUGUGUGAGAAGACUCUUCAGAAAUGAAGGAAUGUCGGGUUUCUACAGGGGGAUGUCGAUGCCUGUCACUACAGUGUCCAUCAGCUCUUCUCUGGUGUUCGGCACUUACAGGAACGUCCUGCAUCAUUUACAUGCGCUGCGCGACAGACGCGCCGGUGACGCGCAUCACAAGGCGGAUAUAUUUCUGUCCGGGUUCGCCGGUGGAGUCGCUCAGGUGUCGGUGAUGUCCCCUGCGGACAUUGUGAAAGUUCGUCUUCAGUGUCAGACCGAAGUACUUCAGAACUUGACACCGGACUCAAAGCUGAAAUAUCGCGGUCCGCUUCACUGCUUGUUAAGUAUCGCGCGUCACGAGGGUGUUCGUGGACUCUACAGAGGUUCCGGGGCUUUAGCUCUGAGAGACGGACCUUCGUUCGCCACUUACUUUCUCACCUACAACUCCAUCUGUGACCUGCUGUCUGCACACGACAAACAAACAGAAUGGACUGUGAUUCUGUUUGCUGGUGGAGUGUCAGGUAUGUGCGGGUGGGCCGUGGGAACACCGAUGGACGUGAUUAAAGCCCGUCUGCAGGUGGACGGUAUGAACAGACAGCGGUACAGAGGAUUCAUUCACUGUAUAACAGACAGCGUGAAGACAGAAGGUCCAGCGGUUCUGUUUAAAGGUCUGUCGGUCAACUGCAUACGGGCUUUCCCGGUCAACAUGACCGUGUUUGCAACAUACGAACUGGUGGUCCGAGUUGUGCGGGGAGCGUCGUAGAUUGAAAAUCAUUAUCAGGAAAUAAAAAGUUAUUUAUCGUUAAAGACAGAUAUUGCACAACGCAAAACAUUCUUUUACAAAAAACCCGGUGGCCUUAAGAGCAGAAAGUCUAUUGGAAACACGUUUCUAUAUCUAAAAAUAGUAAAUAGUACAAAUACAUUUAUCAUUUGUAUGAUAUAUUUUAUGGGAGAAGAAUGAGUGUUGCUGUGUACCUCCAGAUGAGUUUAUCACAAACAGAGAGUUCUCGUGUCUAGACGUGUAUAUAUAUUAUAUUUUGGAAGUAUUUCUGUUUGUUUGAUUCACUGCUGUGAUGUCACAUUAUGAAAAAGACGCUCUCAUCUUUCAGUGUGAAACAAAUGUAAUAACUAUAUCGUGUGUUGAAAUGACUCAAGACUGUUAAGUAAAACUUGUUUAUAUCAUAUCCGAGGUGAACACUCAUUAUGUGGCAGAUGUUUAUUUAUUUGUAUGUCAUUUCAUUCAAUCGCCGCAGAUUCAUGCAUCUUUGAAUCAGACUGAAUCUGUCUUUGUAUCUGUACAUUUGAGUUUUGAAAUAAACCAGCGGUUCAGUAAUAAUGACAAUAAACAUGUUCUUUAUAA